UUGCUUUUCCAUUUUGAAGAUGCAUAGAAAUGAAAAAUAUACAAGAUCUCGUAUCUCUCACUUCUAUGCAUUUUCGAGGUAAAAGAGCAAUCCGACGUCUUUGAUUUACAAUGCCGAACGCAGCUAUAAUUAAUCACUGUGCAAACUCGUGAGCAGUAGUUCGCAUAACUAGAUUACCGUGCUUCGUUCCUAAAUGCAUCUAGAAAAACUGUAAACCAUUUUGGCGCUGACUGUAUAUUACCGUUGCAUUUAAUGUGGCUGCCUUGCUGAUUACUCUCAAAAGCAAUAAUCAAUGCAAAAAUAUGUAAAUCCCAUGUCUCCGAGACGAAGUACCCUAAUUGGAAGUGGAGGAUAAAAUUCUCCGUAUGAUGUUGCGUGCAUACCCACUGUUGACUCGCACUACUAUUUGAAGAUGUAAGGACCGAUUCGCGGUCUGUCUUCGAUUAUUCUUCUUGAGCACCAUGUAAUUUAUGGCGUAACGCUUUCUCGUUUUUUAUGCUUCUACCCCACCAUGAGGUCAUUUUGAUUUUCCUUCGUGAGGAUCGUCGACAGUCUGGGGAUCGUUAAUGGGAGUAGUACGUAUCGUUGAUUAUAAGGUAGACUAAGCUACGGCGAAGGGUACGAGCGUAGAUCUGACAAUGCGCCAUCCGAAUGAUGCAGAACAUUAUUUGCGAAUCUCUAUUAAACGGUGCUUCGAUUUCAUAGUAGUAGGAAGUGACGCAGAGAUCGCGGAUGGUUGGUUGAUGCUGAGAGAAUUGCGCGAUGAUCAAGCAUUUAAUCAGGUGCUUAAUUUCGAAGAUAUUCUGAGAGAUAUUCUGCAUAGUCAGAUACUGAACAUCUCGGAAGUGCCGAAAAUCAUGGCGUGGAUCUUGCCGCACGUGGAGGAGAAGUCGGACUCCGAUAAUGCCGACCCAAUCUCAAAGGACGUCGCCGCGUUGCUACAGAAGACAGACAUCAGGGACAUGUCACAUUUGGCCGCGCUUCUCAAGACAAUGUUGGAUAACAGAGUGUACCUGCCCAAGUCAGCCGAUCAUACGGCACUCUGUGAAGCUGUAAUUGUGAGGCUGUCGUCGUUCCAGCUACCUCCGGAGCCUAAGAAGAUCUUGGAGUUUUAUGAGAAUGCUACUAAAAUCCAAAAUUUCUUGGAGACAGUGUGUAAGAAUGCCAAGAACAGUGGUCAUGACCUCCUGUUUAUCUGCCUCCAAACUUUGUAUCGUAUAAUAUCAGAUAGGAAGAGGAAACAGGAACCAGGCCCAGGAUUAGCUGCGAUAUUGCGUCUAGUAGAAACCAGCUUCAUACCACAAGCAGUGGAAUGGAUUCUGUCGCAGUCACAGUCAAACCAUGAAUUAGUGCAAGCACUGACAGUUUUAUGCAAUUGGCUUCCAAAGUGGCGCGAUAAGAGACUCAGCCUCUGGAUAAUGGAGUUCAUAUAUGGACUGGAGAAACAAGAGAAAUUCUCAGUUCUCUUAGAGGUCACGGAAUCUUCAUUAGAUAUAUUGAAUCUGAUGGGCAAAGUAUUGGUGGUGCCGGUGAUCCGUCACAAUUCUUCCUUCAUUAUAUAUCAUAUUCUAAAGAAGCUGAGUUCAGAGGAGAUUAUACAGAAACUGAUUAAAACUGUACCUACACUGAUAAAUAGUCUAAUGAAGGAGGAUUCAGAAUCCAGCAGGGAGUGUAUACAAUACUUGGUUGACAUCGUGAAAUUAGCUAGCUUAAGAUUCCCAGCAUAUCGUCUGCCUGAAAGCGUAGAGAAAUCUUUUCCAGUUUCACCACGUAUGCACGUUAUCAAGGAUUUCUAUCGUGAACCAUUAUGGGUAGCUGAGACGUGUACGAUAGAACCUAUUCUUGAACCAGAGGUACAGUUAUCUGGGAAAGUGGGGCUGCAAAAUCUUGGGAACACAUGCUACAUGAAUAGCGUGUUGCAAGCCUUACUGAUGACUCGACAAUUUUGUUAUGAAGUAUUAAAUUGUCUCGUAAACCAAACAGGAGGAAUGCCAUUGUUGAGGAAACUGCAAGAUUUGUUUGCAUUAUUGUUAUAUUCCAAGAGGAUGUAUCUGUCACCAAAUGAGAUAUUUGAAGCAUCACGACCGUCAUAUUUUCUACCUGGUCAACAGCAGGAUAGUUCAGAGUUUCUUUGUCAUCUUCUGGAUGUUUUACAUGAGCAAGAAAAAGCCAUUAAUACGACCUGUGGAAGAAACGAUUCCAUAAGUGGUACUAAAUGUAAAACUGAGAUGCAGGAGAAAGGGACGCCUUCGACGAAUUCGACAGAGGGUACUAUUAAGCGGUGGAUAACUGAGGAAGAUUUAACUGAAGGCUUGGUGUUUCGACGGAAAACACAAUCAUUAGCGGAUUUCCCACAAGGUGAAGAUCUGAUACAAGCGGAGCGGCUCAGUGAUUAUCACUCGGAUUCCACCGAUAGUGGUAUACAAUCUGUAGGUGGUGAAGAAACAGUUUCAUCUACAUCUCUUGUACAUAGGGUGUUAGGCGGCGAAUCUAAGAUCACUUACCAGUGCGCGCAGUGCAACACCAGUUCACACAACACGGACAAAUUUCGCGACCUGCAGCUGUGCUUUCCCGAGGAGAUACAAGAGAAUCAAGAGGUCUCGGUUCAGGAUCUCAUCAACUACUAUCUCGCGCCCGAGAAGCUCACGGGUGAGAACAAGUAUCGCUGCGACAAAUGUAUGAAGCUAUGCGACGCGCACAGGAUCAUCACGAUUUUACAAGCGCCUGCACACCUGAUUCUGUCGUUGAAGCACUUUCGAUACGACUUUGACAGUCGGCUCAGGACGAAAUUACGACACAAAGUGUUGUACAACGACGUUAUAAAGUUGCCGGUAUCCGCGGUGCCAAACUCGAUCGCUGAAACGUAUCACUUGUAUGCCGCAGUGGUGCAUUCCGGUUAUAACAUGGAUUAUGGACACUAUUUCACAUAUGCUUGCGGUUCUAAGCAAAAUUGGUACAAGUUUAAUGAUAGUUUCGUGUCGCGCACUACUUUCGAAGAAUUCAAGAAUCUGAAACCACCAGACACGCCGUAUAUACUGUUCUACGAGAAAUCGGGUGCUCUCGACGGGAUGUACGAGGACGAUAGGCCCGAAUUAUCGACUCUGAGUAAACAUUUGCAGGAAUUGAUAGCGGACGAUACCACGGCUUACAUAGAGGAGCUUAAGCAACAGGCGACGUUGUCUCUAUCCGGACGGCAUUCGCGAUCUGUCCGAAAACGGUACGACAAUUCCGACGAUGAGAAUCCGCCGUCCAGUAGCUGUCGUGGCGCGAUCGAUAUCCCGGCAAAUCGUUUUCUGUAUUGAACGAGCGACGAGUCUCUUUGGUUGCUGACUGCAGGCUUAUUGUGCAAUACAUUGUUUCACAAAUACAGACAACGGUUGCAUCAUAUGUGAUUGUUGAGAUACAUCUUAUGAUUAUAUACUAUAUCGUAUCGAAAAUUCCCGUAAGAAUUGACAUUCGUAUUACACUUGUGAUGGGAAACUUGUGUAACGUAUGCUAUGACUCUCGACGAUAGUUACGAUAAUCAGAGAACUAGCUUACAACAAUUAUAUUAGACAAAAGUAAUUAACGUAUCCAUGUACAUAAUGUAUAAACGAAUACACAGAAUUGAUUAGAAAUGGGCAUAAUGUUCGUGUGUUUAUGCAUACGUACGAGAUAUGAAUAACGCAUGACUAUGAAACGAAUCGGUCUUUCAUUUUAUCAGUCGAUAAUAAUAUAUUAAUGUGUUCAAUGCGUUCUCAAAUUUAUGCGGAAGUGGAGUGUGUGAAGAGUUACAUAUAUAUGCAAAAAGAAAUAGAAAGAGAGAGAGAGAGAGAGAAAGAGAGAGAGAGAGAGAAUAAAUGUCCGAGCUCUACCUACUCGAUCGCACUUUUAUGAAAUUUUAUAUUAACUAUGUGGUAUUAAAUUAUGUUUCCUUAAACAUCUCAUUUCCCGUUUUACUUCGCCGAUGUGUUUUCGACAUUUUUUUAGACACCUGGCAUUUUAUUACGCACUGUUAUGUUAACUUUUAAAAACACAAUUGUUCAUACGAGUGUGACAUUAUAUUUCUAGAACUAAUUGGGCGAUAAAGUCUGAGAGUACAGUGGAUUGCAAAACGGUUUAGACACUACCGUUAGGACAUUGGGAGCUCAGCCAACUUAAAAUUGAGACCAUUACUGACUGAUUUUUUAUCCAGUAAUAAUUAUUAGUAUUAUUUAUUAUAAUUUGGUGUUCUUUAUUAUUUUAUUAUUACGUAAAUAUUCGCUGGUAAUGACUCUCAGUUUGUUGAGCUCCCAAUUUCAUUGUGUCUAAAUCGUUUUACAACUCAUUGUGCUCUCAUACUUAUGUUUUUCAACGAUACUUUUGGCACUAUCGAUGACUAUUGUCCGAACAAUUGUCGUUUCACUUUCGAACUAUCCGGUAUAAUAAAAAAAAGAUCUUAUCGAUUGUCUCUUCUUUGGAGAAGAUAUUUUUCCUGUUGUAGAUAUCUCAAUAAGCGAAGUAACUGUCCAUCCGAAUAGUCUUUGAAAUUUGAUCAACUGUCAGACGCGAGCUCAUUGGAAGCGCUUAUAAAAAAUGUUACAAGGGUAUUAUUGAUAGCACCGUAGGUUUUUAGGGGAUUUUUAAUCAAUAAGUAUUUAUUAUGUCGUAAGAAGCCGCAGUGAGAAGCCUUAGUACUUGGUCGAUAGUUUUGUAACGUCCACGAAUUGUAGACAGAAUUCCUUGAUAGUAGGCAUUACGUAACCAGUUCUAUGCUGUAUUGUUGACGUUAGUGAAUCGAUUUGCAAUUGUUAACGAAAGCGUUAACAGAGAGACGAUAUCCAACUCGAAUAUGCAGCGGAGUUUUGUAAUUACUAAUACGUUGUGAAUAUCUCAUGUUUAUUGUGUGAAACAAAAAAAUAUACGUUGUCCGAGAAGUGUAUAAAGUUACUAGGACGGCGAAUUAUUGUUGCAAGGAUAUUGAGAGAAUACAUGGCGGAUACGGCUUGAUCGGUUGUAGUUUCAUAUGAGUUGUAUGUAUUGUGUUUUGCUUUACUACACACAGAGCAGUAUUCAAUGAGUACAAGACGCUGUUUGAUUUAUCAAUUGUUAUUUCUAUUCGACAAUCUCGGAUACCUUAUCGAGCGCGUCUUGAUGUUGUAAAGAACUUGAGAAAUAAUUUAUAAUAUGAAAUUGUAUAGUUAUAAGUAACGAACAUAUAUAAGCGUAUGCGUUUUUACGAUAUAUACGAUGUCCAUAUAAAAAUAUGCCACAUCGAGCUUUUAUUUAUUAAUGCGACAUUCAUCGUUUCCCAGUCGUCUCCUUUUGUGACAUUGUGAUUUCCCUGCUAUGUGUUUCUACUAUUUAGCUUCUUUCGAUUAACAAAGAGCCUAUUUUCUAAAGCAACAAUCGGACGAUAUUUAUACUCGCGUUAGCGCCCAUGUAAAAGUUAUAUAGCAAGGUACCGCGCGCUUUGAAAUUAUGAAAAUUGAGAAGAACAAAGUUGUUAUUGCUGUAAAUAGUUUAUUUUAAUGAUAGGAAUACCGCGACGCACGUACGUACUCCAAACACUUCGUAAAUCUGUGAUAACUUUAUACUGUCGAUUUGACAAUAUAUUAUAUAUAUAUGUAAACAUAUAUAUAUAUGUAUAUUAAUUUUUUAGCUCGAUAUAUACAUUCAUCGUGCGAGGCGGAUAUCCGUCUAAUGUUGAUUAUAAUCGAAACAUUGUAUAACUUUCGUUAAGGCCUGUGUGUAUUAUAUAGUAGCGUAUAAUGUGAAAUGAUAUUUGAACGAUUAGAACUAAUCAAUUAUGAAAUGAUCCCUUCAUUGUCAAUGUCAACUAGUAAUUAAUACAACGUUUAAUACCAUUUCAAACGUCACUCGCUGAAAGAUUAUAUCAAUCUUCGUAUAAUAUAUAAUAAAUUUGCUAUUAAAACAUAA